CUCUUUCUUCCUUCACCUUUUUCAAUCUGUCGAGCUCCUUAAGUUGGUUACUUCCUACUACAGUACGCCCAAAAUUCUGCUGCGGUAUCAAGCUCUAUCGAUAUCACUCUACCCGCUAACGCUGUGCCGUCACCCUUGAUACACGCAUUAUGGCUUCAGCUCCAAGAGGUCGCCUUCAGGGCAAAAAUGCCAUCAUCACCGGUGCCGCAGGUGGCAUCGGCCUAGAAACGAGCAUCCUCUUCGCGCGCGAAGGGGCCAAGGUUCUCAUGGCCGAUAUUUCCGUCCCGGCCCUGGAAAAGGCCAUUGCCAAGGUGAAGGAAGUCGUGCCGGACGCCCCUCGAGUGGAUAUCAUCAAGUGUGACGUCUCCAAGGAGUCCGACGUGCAGGCCAUAGUGGAAUCCCAGGAUAGCUGGGGCGGCACGGACGUGAUCUUCAACAACGCCGGUAUCAUGCACGCCGACGACGCCGACGCCGUCGACACCCCCGAGAAGAUCUGGGACAUGACGCAGAACAUCAACGUCAAGGGAGUGUGGUUCGGGUGCAAGCACGCGGUGCAAAGCAUGCGCCGCAACAAGAAGACCAGAGGUAGCAUCAUCAACACGGCUAGUGUGGUCGCCCUCGUGGGGAGUGCCACGCCCCAGCUGGCCUACACUGCUAGCAAAGGCGCUGUCCUGGCAUUGACCCGCGAGCUUGCUAUUGUGCAUGCGCGUGAGGGACUCCGGUUCAAUGCCCUGUGCCCUGCGCCUCUCAACACUCCUCUAUUGCAGGAUUGGCUCGGCGAUGACCAGCCUAAACGUCACCGUCGUGAGGUCCACUUCCCGACUGGUCGGUUUGGUGAGGCCAUCGAGCAGGCUCAGGCCGUGGUGUUCCUGGCCAGUGAUGAAAGCAGUUUCGUUAAUGGUACUGAUUUUGUGGUCGAUGGUGGAAUGUCCAAGGCAUAUGUUACUCCUGAAGGACCAGCAACCGCCGCUCCUAAGAAUCUGGGUCAUUAGAUUUAGGCAUUUCAGCAUACCAAUUUCACUUUACUCCUUACGUCGUUUUGAUAGCCUUGUGCAUUCUCUUAGUAUAGCAGCC